AUGUUUCUGCAACGCUCAGCCAUUGCUGCGGCCCGCCGCGCAGCGGUUUCUCCUGGGGUCGCGCGCUCUUUCUCGACUUCCUUCAUCCGCCUUCAAGCUGCCAAGGGCCCUUCCACGCCCAACGAACAAGCUGCCGCGCUCGCUGGUACCGUCCGGAAGGAGGUGGGAGACUACAAGGUCUUGAGCGAGAUCAGGUCCGAGGACGAUUUGUACGGCCCUGGAGCCAAGCCCGGAACCGUUCCCACCGAUCUCGAGCAAGCUACCGGCUUGGAGCGUCUGGAAAUCCUCGGCAAGAUGGAGGGUGUUGAUAUUUUCGACAUGCGGCCUCUCGAUGCCAGCCGCAAGGGAACGAUGGAGGACCCCAUACUCGUUCGCUCUGCGGGUGACGAGCAGCUUGCUGGUUGCACCGGCUCGCCUGCCGACUCUCACAUUGUCACUUGGCUCGGUCUUUCCAAGGAGCGCCCAAUCGAGCGAUGCCCCGAAUGCGGCAGCGUCUACAAGAUGAACUACGUUGGUCCUGAAGAUGACCACCACCACCACCACCAUGGCCCCGAAUUCGAGGAGCCCAAGACCUUUGCCGACUUUAUCAAGCCCGAGUACCGAUACCGAUGA